CUGGGAAGAAGAAGAAGAAGAGGAGGAGGAGGAGGCGGCGGCGGCGGCGGUGGUGCUGGUGACUUCUUUCAACCCGUGAGCACUUCCACGUCCUUGCUGUUAUCGGACUUUUGGACGUCUUGCCGCGAUGGGCCCGAGUUCGGGAGCGUCGCCGUAUUGAAUCGCCGUGUGGGGUGAUGCAGGUGAGCCUCCUCCCGGCGGCGGCGGUUCCUCUCGCGCCGCCCUCCGCCAUGACGCCCGGCAACGGCAACGGCAGCGGCAGCCUCCCGGCGUUCUGCAGCAUCGACGAGUCGUACAAGUACGUGUUCCUGCCCGUGUGCUACUCGUUCACCUUCGUGUUCAGCCUGUCCCUGAACGCGGUGGUCCUGUACCGCUCGUUCCGCCGCACCAAGCGCUGGAACGCGUCCCUCAUCUACAUGGUCAACCUGGCGGCCACCGACCUGAUGUACGGCCUUUCGCUGCCCUUCCUGGUGGCCAGCUACGUGAUGCGCGACCGCUGGGUUUUCGGCGACUUGGCGUGCCGCCUGGUGCGCUUCCUCUUCUACUUCAACCUGUACUGCUCCAUCUUUUUCCUCACCUGCAUCUCGGUGCACCGCUACUUGGGGAUCUGCCACCCCAUGCGGGUCACGGCGCUGGAGAGCAAGAAAGCCGUCAAGUGCGCCUGCGUGCUGGUCUGGGCGGCGGUCUUCGCCUUCACGUGCCCCAUCUUCCGCUUCGCGCAGACGGGCCGCGCGUCCGACGGCGCCGACUACUGCUGGGACGACGCCGUGGACCGCGACUUCUCCGACUACGUGCCCUACGGCGUGGUCCUCCACCUGCUGGGCUUCUUCGUGCCCUUCUCCGUCAUCGCCUGGUGCUACUCUCACGUGGUGCUGACCAUCUUCGAGACCGUGCGUUCGCGGCCCCGCGACCACGCCGGCGUCUCCGUCUUCCCGGGCGCCGACUCGCCGUACGCCGGCCGCCGCCGCAAAUCCAUCCGGACCAUCGUGGCCAUCACGCUGCUCUUCGCGCUGUGCUUCUUCCCCUUCCACGUGACCAGGACCGUCUUCCUGCUCCUGAAGGUGAGCAAGGGGGUCCCGUGCCAGACCGUGACCACCGUGUCCAUGUGCUACAAGGUCACGCGGCCCUUGGCGUCCUUCAACGCGUGGCUCAACGCCCUCCUCUACUUCCUCACCAAAGACAAAGGCCGAUGCUGCCCGACGGCCAACGCGGCCGCGGGGCCUCUGCUGCCCCUGAGGACGAUGGAUGAGGCCGAGGACCGCGGACGCCGGCGCGCCGAGGGCCCCGCCGUCUUUACCCCCCCCCUCCCCCGAAACCAGACUUGAUUUCAAUGAGCUCGUCGACGAACGGCGAGGGAACGCGUCCGUCCGAUUCGUCGUCAGGAAACAGCAGUUGGACGGAUCCGGAAGGUCGCGUAUUUGCGAAUUCUCGCUGGAUCCCGUCCAGCGUCAAUCGUUAAAGGACUUGGUUGAAUCGGGAAUUUGUCACCAAAAUGGGGGGGGGGGGGCGCCUGUUUGAUUCCGGGUUGAAGUGAAUUGAGCCCUUUCAUUCCCACGAAAUCUGUUGGCAACUUGUGACACCCGUCGGCGCCGAUCACGUCUCCGCGUUGCGGCAGGGUCAAUCUCCAGCACUUGAGUUGCUGCGUUUGGGCUGUUUUCCACAAUUUCUCGUGCGCUUAAAUCUUUAAAGCGCUCGUGAGCUCACAAAUGUUGAAAGAUGACGUCACCUUUCAAUUGCACGUUAGCAGUGGAGGGGGGGGGGGGCACGAUACCGCAAGGACUGUUUGGACACACUGUCUCAGUCUUUCAACAGUGACCCCUGCAGUCGUUCUAAGGUCAUUGCAUGGAAAAGCUGACGCGCUCCAACCGCGACAUCAGCCUGCGUCUGGAACAUUAUUAUGAUGAUGAUUAUUUAGUCUUUCCUGAAAAUAAGACCUCGUGUAUUUUCAU